AUGGCCAUAUGGCCCUUUGGCCGCCGUAGGAAGCGGCCCCGAAAGGCUGCGGAUAACGAGGCUUUUUCGGGUUCUGCAGCACCUGCUGGCGGUGAUGCUCUGGUACAUGUACUCUCUCGUGGCUUUGGCGGCCAUGGCUCCCAUCAACAUCAACCUAAUUCCCAUAGUUCCAUCUCGGGCUCUGGAAAAGCUACCAGGAGAGGCAGCAAGCGGAGGAAACGAAAUAAUAUCCCCCCUACAACAGCUUAUGAUCUACACCACCGUAACGACAACGACACUGUCCGUCUGACUGAUUUACCUCCCGGUGCCAUGUCCAUCGCUUCCGCUCGCUUCCAUCGUCAACCUGCUUCGGUUGAUUCUUCUCUCUCGAGGAACUUUGCCUUAUCGCCCUCCAACUAUCACUACUCCCCAAGCACCGCCUCGCAGACGAGCCUUGGACAAGCUGCUCCAACACUACACGGACGGAAUGAUUAUUCGAGGGAGUUGGAAAUUAAAAUUAUGACCAGCCACGUGACUGUCCUACGACGACCUUCUAUUGUGUCCCCUCCCCUGGAGUGGUGGGAGUCCCACAAGCGAGGGACGAGAAACAUAAAACUGCUCAUGGGCCGCUCUUUCGCGGCUUUGACACCGCGGCCAAUUCUGAGAUAUGCGGAACAACCGCGGUACGGACUGGCGACAAGGGGUCAUUCUCGAGCAUCCACAAAGAAAGACUGGAGACAGGUUAUCCCGGCGGAAGAUCUUACACGUAUAUCCCGCAUCCACGAUCUAGCAGAUGAUAUGGAUGCUAGUGCUUUGAAAGAGCUGAUGGAAAGAGAUCGCCGACGAAAGGAAAUGAAGCGGCUAGCUGACCAACAGAAGCUUCAGAGAAAACUACAAAGAAGAGCAGACUUUCAGCGUGAACAUGAACGACGCAAUCCUCCAGUACCAUCGCAACUUGCAACUUCAGGAGAUGGCGUUGGGCUCCCUGCUAGUCGUGUACAUGGUGCUACCGAAAAGAUUGGUGUGACUCUUUCAAGCCGUAUUGCAAAUGCCGUGAAGGCCACUGCUUCUUCAGAGUCAUGGCUACGAGACCCAUCCAAGGAAAGUCUACACGAUACACCCUCUCGUCCGAAGGACCAAACCUUGUCAAGGGUAAAUGGAAGUUCUGCUGUAUGUUGCUCGCCGCGAGGGCGUUCAAGUAACAUCAGCCGCGAUAUUAGCAUGUCGGGGAUGAGUUGUCAGCAUUCUAUUGAGCUAAGCCACGGGGCCAAAGCCGCGGACAAACUAGGUGCUUCUCAGGCCCCAGAGACCGCACGAGGAUCGGCAGGAGAUAUGCCUACACAGAAUUCUGAACUCGAGAAGGGUCAUUCCGAUAGCGCUGGAAAGCUUUCAACCUCGUGGACUGCCUUCUUCCGACGGGGGGGUUCUCGAUUUCGACGGCCAAAUGCGGAGCGGACAAAGACACCAUCAGAGUUUUCAAUCCCAUCCAGAGAAUCGUUUCAAAGAAUCAACCAGCAGCCAGCAUCAGCGCAACCCAUUCCGAUUCCGGACCGAAGCUACUUGCGCCCCAAAAUGCCUCCUCGAUCCCAGUCCAAAUUUACAGAACAUUUUACCGAGCCAAUUACUAAAUUCCCACCUCCUCCCGGGCGCGAUUUUCAAUCGUCAAGCGACCCUCAGCUUUCGUCUGCCGCUGUUGGAUUACCCAUUGCGGGUAUUACUGCUAAUAAUGAGCAUUACAACGUGGACAGGGAUUCUGCCGUUGUUACGUUUGAACAGUGUGACUGCAACCGUUCAUCUGGGGCCGGCAGCCCAGAAACCAAUGCUGAGAGCAUCUUUCUCGCCCACUCACUCGCCUCUAUAAACUCUGAGGGUUCGUGGCUUUCCGGGAGACCCUCCCGGCGCCUCUCUCAGCCCCCGAAGAAUUCAAGCAGCGCGAAUUCCACUAAAGAGAUUCUAGACGAGUAUGAAGAAUACAAGUAUAGGGUUGAUAACGAUUAUGACCCUCAACCACCUAUCCCUUUAGAGGAAGCCGUCAAUGAGAACGAAACGCUUCAUGCCAGCGUCGGAAAACGCGCUCUUCUCGUCCGCCCAGACCACCGGCAAUUCUCCAACAAGGACAAUAUCAUCGUCGACGACAACCACAAGCACCUUUACAUGGAAACAGAAGGAGGAGACAACAUGCUCGCCACAUUAGUUCCGGAAGUGCAAAGCUUUUGGAGAUUCCACGGCGGCCGUCGGAGGCUAAGCGGCUUAGUGUUGAUUCUGCAGGGAGUGGUGCGUUGCCCAAAGACGCGUAACGCCGUGGUUGGGUUGAGUGAGCAGUGGUGGAAGGAGAGAAGUGUGGGAUGGAAGGAGCUGAUGGUGGAGAUGAUUGAUGACAACGACGAAGAAGCAUUGAAGGAGGAGAAGAAGAAGAUCUUCUCGAACUGA